AUGGGGGAUUUUGAGGUUGUACAUUUUAAAGACCUGUUUGGAAAUGAGGUGACAAUAAAAUGUUGUCAUUUCCACUUUUGCCAAUCUCUGUACAGGAGAGUAUUGACAAUGGGAUUGUCUCGCCGUUUUGUGGAAGGAGACACUUUUAAGUUGGGUGUCAAAAUGCUCAUGGCAACUGCUUAUUUACCAGAAGACGUUAUUGUUGAAACAUUCAAAAGAAUCAAAAGUGAAAUGUGUGGUGAUGAAGAUUUUGAAAAGUUUCUAGAGUAUUUCGAAAACAACUAUAUCAAAGGCGUGUUUAGAACAGCAAAUUGGUCGGUGUUUGGAUUAUCUGAAAGAACAAAUAACAGGUCAGAAAGUUUCCAUUCCGCACUUAACAGAUACAUCGGCACGACACAUCCAGUCAUCCAUAAGUUUUUGGAAAAAUUGUUGUCUUUUCAAAAAAUUAUCAAUUUGAAAUAUCAAGCAUAUGAAACUGACCUUCAAAAAAGUCGCCAAUCAUACUUGUCGAUUAAGAAAAAUUUGACAUUAGAAGAACUACAAAACCAACUGAUCGGCGAAAACAAACUUGACCCAAUUGUGUUCCUUAAAAAUCAAAACAUAAUUCUGUUUGAUUUGGACAUGAAUACUGCAAUCAAAGAAGUCAACGAAGAAAAUGAAUUGAUUGAAAUUAUGAGAAAAAGUACACUUUCAGAAGUUGCAAAUUAUAAUCAUUUUUGCCAUUCAUCGCAUAAUGGAAUAGAAGAUCCACACAGCAGUUUAAACGAGAGCACUCUUGUUUUUGUUAAUAUGGAAAAAGAUGUUAACACUAUAAAUGACAGGUUAAAAGACUUGAAAAAGAAAACUAAAAAAGCAACUAAAGCUCACAAUGAAAAAAAGCCAAGAAAAGUGUCUGAUUAUCAGAAAACUAAAAAGUUGAGAAAAAUGAUCAGAAAAAGCAGAAAUUAA